AUGACAGACCCGGUCGUCUUAUCAGACUUCUUGGUUGACACGACAACGUUCACCAUCGACCAUGAAUCAGAAGAAACUCAGGAUGCUGUGAGAAAACUCCGGAAUAAGAUGGAGGGCAUCAUGGAAGGAUCUGAAGCUGUCGUUCCGGACAGGGAGCUGGUGAAAACUCUCCGCUACAAGAAAUUCGAUGUUGACAAGGCCUUCCGGAUGGCCGCAAUGACGUGCCGCAACGCACUCGCGCAGAAUUUAGCGCACAUGCCUUUCGGAAAAGGGCCGAAAGACUUUGGAUAUGUUUACGCCCUCCGUAGCUUCGAGCUUCUCAGACAUCGUAAUCCGAAGGAUGGAUCAGCUGUGGUAGUUCUCCGCGCAGGCGACUGGACCCCCGACAGCGGGGUGAAUUACACUCAAGUGCUGCAGGGCUCAACCUACAUCGUCGACCACAUGCUCGAGGAUGAUGAGAUACAGAAAAAUGGAGCGCGAGUCAUUCUGGACUACAAAGGACUCCAUCUGAGCUGGAUACUACAGUUCCUUCCCCCUCAUAAAAUACCAUCGGUAUUGUCGAAUCUACAGGGGGGCUGUCCCCUGAAAAUCAGAGCCAUACACAUAGUGAAUCAACCAGUGACUUAUAACGUGGCUUUCGCCCUGGCAGCGCCCUUCCUCAGCAAGAAGAACGAGGCGAAAAUUCAACUCCAUGGAUCUCAGAUAGAAGCUCUGCACGAGUACAUUGACCGCUCUAUCCUCCCAAAGGAUCUUCUCGGCGAGCAAGAGCCGCAUUGCGAAUGGUUCUUCCAAUCGCUCAACAGUCGACAUGAUGAGUACGUCGCUCGGAGCGAGCUCGCGAGGAAGGCGAAUCGAGCUGCCGGCAAUGAGGUUUGA